AUUUCUCAAGAUACCAGCCCUACUAGAGCAAACCCAAGAUAACAUGUCAAGAGAAAAUCGUAAGACAAAAGACAAAGAUGACAACUCGUCCGUUGAUGGUGAAGAAGAAGAAUUCAGUGUUGAAAAAGUUUUGGACCGAAGAAUGCGUGGUGGGAAAGUUGAAUACCUCCUAAAGUGGAAAGGCUACUCAGAUGACGACAACACCUGGGAGCCCGAGGAGAACUUGGACUGCCCAGAUUUAAUAAGUCAAUUUGAAGAGCAACGAAAGAAACGUGAAAGCACUAAAAAAGACGAGGUAUCCAAGAAACGAAAAUCCACCUCCAGCGAUAAAGAUGCAGAAAAGAAAUCUCUGGCACCCAAACCCAAAAAAUCUCAACCUGAAGAGGACAAUAAACCACGAGGUUUUGAUCGAAAUUUGGAGCCUGAAAAAAUAAUUGGUGCCACUGAUUCAUCCGGUGAACUAAUGUUUUUAAUGAAAUGGAAAGACAAUGAUGAAGCAGAUCUCGUUCCAGCUCGGCAAGCAAAUAUUAAAUGCCCACAAGUUGUAAUCAAGUUCUAUGAAGAGCGCUUAACGUGGCACACAUCUAGUGCUGAUGAAGACACCCAAAAAGGAAAUGUUGAAUAAGAAAACAGUUCUUGAUUUGAAACCAAUACUGACGAAAAAAUAAUAAGAAAGAAUCUAAAAUAAAUAUCUGCUCCUUCAGUUAAUUUUGUCAUUCUCCUCUCUUUUCACAGUAUUCAUAGUACUUUUUUUUACCAGAAAUUGUGUUUCUUGUUCACUUGUGUAAGAAAAGAAACCCCACAGUUACAACUUAUUUUAUCAUAGGAUGGAAGAGAACUUUAAAAAUGAUUAAAUUUUGAUUUCUUGAAUAAAUUUUCGAUUUCUUAAAACAC